GAUUACAGCAAGCUGAGCCUGCAAAAUUCAUUACCUAGCAGAAGAAGGAUACUUACAGCAAAGGUGUGCAAGGAGAAUUGCUGAAACUUCAGAAGCAUCUGCUUCAUGUUCCAUCCAGCAGAAAUGCCACAUUUCUGGCAAGUGGGUAAAUACAUACAGUACUUUUAGUCCUGUUUUGCUGCCUUAAUAGGCACAGAUUCAUUUGAAGAAAAGCCUAAACAUUUUGAGGCAUAGCUGAAUUCCAGCCCUGAAAUUUCUGAAAGUUCACAACAAUGAAGCGAAGCAGUAGAAGGAAAUGCUUGAGAAGCAAGACAUCUGGAUUGACCUGGGCUGUCCACCUACAUCAGUAUGCAAUGCAAUACAAAUGCAAUAGUAGUGGGGGAUCUGCAGAGCAAAAGAGCUGGCACGGCAGACUCAGCAGGAAAGAUACACUUUUCAGGGGAAUAUGCUCUGGAUUAGUCUCAUCCUGAAGGGUCCACAUCUGUCAGUGACUGGAGUGCCCUAUGGGCAGUUGUGGAAAGCUUCUUCUUACAGGGAAGAAACCACCAUGUGCAGUAAAUUGAUCAUGCAGUUUGGUGGCUGUUCCACACAUUUUGGUAUCUUCUGUGUGUACUCAUCUGUGUAUAUGCUGGGUGACCUUUUGUUGCUCAGGGAAAUGGAAAAUCAUCCCAGCAGAAAAAAAAGCAUUCUCUUUUGUGGGUCCUCUAUGAAGACACCAGUACUUUCUAUAGCUGGUAUUUGUGAAGUUGCAGGAUCUUCAUGUCUUGGACACAUCCAGCACUCAUGACUGCUGUUUGCUGGUGGACUCAAAAGGAUAUCCCAGCCUCUGGAUAUCCUGGCUCAAGACAUCCUGGCGUUUGUUGCUCUCCAGUGGAAACUGCUUGCAUCCUUGACUUCGGUAGAGCUGCACUGAAGCCCGACACCUCUGGUAGCCAGUGAGAGGCUGGUUCUGUGCUGCGCUCUUACAGGAGAAGCCUGGCUGCAUUAACUCUUACUAAAACCAGCACUAGACAACUUGAGCAAAACCCAGUGAUGGAGGUCAAGUCCACAGAAGCCAGCAGCAGCUCCCAGGGAGGCACCGGCUGUCUGGAUCUUACCCUGGUCACUUUCACUGAAACGGUGACUUUCACAGAAGUGGUGGCAGAAGAGGAGUGGGGAUCCUUUUACUAUUCCUUUAAGACAGAGCAGCUGGUGACUCUUUGGAUUCUCUUUAUUGUCACAAUUUCUGGAAAUGCCAUUGUGCUCUUCUCUACCUGGAGAAGGAAGAGGAAAUCUCGAAUGACCUACUUUGUUACUCAGCUGGCAAUCACAGAUUCAUUCACAGGACUCAUCAACAUCAUGACAGACAUCAUUUGGCGCUACACUGGAGAUUUUAUGGCCCCUGAUAUCGUUUGCAGGGUCGUUCGCUACUUCCAGGUGGUUCUUCUCUAUGCCUCAACUUACGUCCUCGUGUCACUAAGCAUAGACCGGUACCAUGCCAUAGUUUACCCCAUGAAGUUCUUGCAAGGAGAAAGGCAGGCAAAAGUGCUCAUUGGAGUGGCCUGGAGCCUCUCCUUCCUGUUUUCCAUACCCACUCUGAUUAUUUUUGGGAAACGGCAGCUCUCCAAUGGGGAAGUGCAGUGCUGGGCUCUCUGGCCUGAUGACUCCUACUGGAUCCCCUACAUGACAAUUGUGGCUUUCCUGGUGUAUUUCAUUCCUCUGAUCAUAAUCAGUGUCAUAUACUCAAUUGUGAUUCGAACCAUCUGGAUGAAGAGCAAAGCUCAGGCUGUCAUCCUAUCCAGCUGUCCUGGUGGCAAAACCUCCCGUGGCUACAGCAGCCGUGGGUUCAUAUCCAGGGCCAAGGUGAAGGCGAUCAAGUACAGCAUUGUAAUUAUCCUUGCAUUUAUUCUCUGUUGGAGCCCUUACUUUCUGUUUGAUAUCCUGGACAACUUCAACAUACUGCCUGAGACCAAAGAGCGCUUCUACGCAUCUGUGAUUAUUCAGAACCUGCCAGCCCUGAACAGUGCCGUCAACCCCCUCAUCUACUGCUUCUUCAGCAACAGCCUCUGCCUCCCUUCCGAGGAAAGAAGAACUCAAAGACUAGGGGGGACUUUGCGGGAAAGGAGUGAUGGAGGGCAGGAGAUGCAGGUCCUGUCGAAACCAGAAUACAUCUAGCACUGGCAAUGUUCUGCAAAGCCACACUGGCACCUGUACAGAGGAAAACAGAGGUCCCCCACAAGCCCUGUGCAUGGUGAAGUGGAUGGACACU